AUGGAAAGAGUGUUAUCAUCAGUUGACCAUGUUCAAGUUCGAGAAGACGAAGGAGUGUAUCAACAUAUGUAUUCGUUUCCAAAUGCUAUUGAACUCACUCUACGUGAUUCUCUCGCUUCCGCUCCUCAACUUUUCACAAUCGGUCUCAAUCGUAUUUUGUCGUUGCAACGGAUAAAAACUCUAACGGUCAAAUCUAAUCCUUUCUAUUUCAAAACAAUGCUCGAUUUGUUAUUCUCUGCCCCGAAUGUUCAAACAUUAACAGUUGAAACGAUCACUUCUUAUAAGGAAGACAGAAGAUUCAUUGAACAAUAUCAAAUAUUUCAAAUAUUAUCAAAGAGAAAUCGUGUUACGAACGUCACUGUGAAACAAAAGCGUGCAUUCGACGUAUACGAAUUGUUUGUUAAGUUAUUUCCGCGUGUGGAAAACCUUUCAAUUCACAUAUUGAUCAAAGAUAUGAAAUCAAUAUUACAACUUCUAUCAAAAGACAAUGCUCGUCAUCUACUUUUAAUAUGUUUUAACCCUGCAAAUCCGACAAUCACACGCUGUGAAUUGUUAACAACUCGUUUGUAUCUCAUUCUUCUGCUUAUUUGUGUCGGUGUUUUAACAGCUUAUACAUCAUUCAGUGUGCGAUCCAAAAGCGAAUUCGUUCUCACUCCAACUUAUUCUCAAUAUCAGAAACUUCAACGGCAAACGAGUCUCAGUGCCAUGUGGAAAUUCAUUCGAUCAUUUUGUCAAAAUGCUCACCGAAUCAUCGAAGCAAAUGCACUACUAACCGCAUCAGGAAACAACUAUGUUCUUCGCGUGGUGUAUGAUAAUCAAUCUACUGAUCCAAACCCGGAUUUUUAUGCCGCGAUACAUCGAAAUCAAUUUAUACAAAACAAUUCGAAGAAAGCCUGUGUCUGUGAGAAUGAUCGUUCGUGUCCACUUCCUGCUAAUAUUUAUUUGUUCGACAUCACACAUUGA